CCUUGCACGAUAGCUCGGUCCGUCAGCACGUGCCGCUGUGACGUGAGUGAAUGAAUCCGGUUUGCCCAUGCGUUCAUCCGCCGCGAGAAGACCAGCAAGAACAUAAUGUGUCAGUAAGAAAACGAACAGUCUUUGACCCGACUGCCAUCGCAGAAAAGACGAGCAAAUAUUGCCGGAGUCGGCCCACGUGCACCGAGGAGAAAGUGUUUUGACUGUCGGAGUGAACGAUGAACCGCAUCAUCGAGCGGCCGUGUUGCUCGCGCGCGGCGCAAUGAAGGCGGUCCUUCGAAGAAGGCAGCGAAAUAUCUCAGAGAAGGAGGCACCGUCCUUACUUUGGGACCAGUACGGAGAGGGUCAUUUCUACGCGUCACUGGUGCAUGCCUUUUAUUUAUUUUGAAGGGGUACUGCGGUAUUUCAUACUGCCAAGCUGAGAAGGGUGUCGCUUUGCUGCUCGGCGUGCUCUGUGUGUAGUACCUGUGCAGCCAGCGCGUGUACAUCGCCGUUUGACAUGAUUCCGUCGCUAAUCUGUGCUGUAGUCUUUUCUGCAUUGGUUGCUAUCACUUACUCAGUUGACAUCAAGGGUUUCUGCCAUAAUGAGUCGCACGACUGUCCUUGCGGUUCCAAUGGGACAACAGUGAACGUCAAAGUAGACGGGUGCAGCUACGUCCGCCGCCUUGAGUUUCGCUGCCGACCUUGCGACAGGGACUCUUACAACAAGGUCUGCCCAAACUAUUCGCACUGUCGGACGUGUGCCGAAGGUCUGAAUGCAUGCGAAACCUGCCCGCCCGGAAAGUAUGGUGUUUGGUGUACCUCGGUGUGCAACUGUCAGAAUGGAGGAGUCUGCGACAAGGACACAGGUCAAUGCCGGUGUCUCCCAGGAUUCUCAGGCGCUCUUUGCGAAAUCAGAGAUGGCUGCACUCCUCCAGCUCAUCAGCAAGGUGUCCUAGCAACCAUGGCGCCAGCAAACCUGCCAAAGAUUAUUCAUUACAACUGCCCAACUGGUUUCAAGAGGAUCGGCGCUGGCACCAUCAACUGCCAAAACGAUGGCUCAUGGAAUGGAGCGCCACCCUAUUGCGAGAGGCAGGUGCCGUGCCCUCCGUUACCCGACGUGGCUCGGAGCGUUGCGCAGGUGCAUGGUUCCGCGACCAGCGUGCGGGAGAUCCAGUACAACGGCACCACCGUGACCUACUCAUGCGCCGACGGAUACGAAAUUGUCGGCGCAAAGUCACUGGAGUGCACCCAGGAGGGCGUCUGGUCGGCGCCUCCACCAUUCUGCCUUAAAGUUUCCGAAACAGAAGUGACGUGCUCAACAAAAGCCAACGAGAUCUUAUCUGAUGAUAGCGACACGGCGGUGAGGGUCCACUGUCCUCCCGGCUGCGGUCUGGUGUCCGGUUCAGUGAUCGGUGCUUACCAAUACCACGUUCUCUCCUCGCUCUGCCGCGCGGCCGUGCACGCUGGCCGGUUGAACAACGCCGGCGGCGCAGUGCACGUGCGCGCUACGGGCGCUUACGCGGACUUCGUCUCCUCCACGGCACACGGUGUGUCUUCAGCGAAUUACUCAACUCUUGGAGCCAGUUUCAAGUUUGUUACUGUGGACGACUCCCAGUGGAGGAUUCCUGAAGAAGGAUGUCCGCCCAAAUGGAGAGAUUCCGGCAGUUUUUGUUUUUACUCUGCCGGGAAAAGCCGCUCUCAGGCAGCAGCGAGACACUUUUGCCGAAAUCUAGGAAGCCAAGCUAUAGCUCUUCGCGGAGACAACGCUACGAGAACCCUUGCUGCCGAAUUUCUGGCGGCUAAUGGAAUCGUGGAAACAUGGCUUGCAGAGUUUCGAGUCCAGUCGCCAUUCCUGCCAAUCCCGGUAAACAACGAUACGCCUGGAGACAGCUGCAUGGCUCUAAGCGUCGUUAAUCCCAGUCAGCCCGAAGUCGUUACAAGGCCAUGCAGUGUCAAUCUUCCUGUCAUUUGCUUUGCGCUCAAGACCGUAAAGCUAGUCCAGUGCGAGGACCCAGGCCCUGUUAAGGGUGGCUCUGCGCUGGUGGAGAAGACAUCGCAUGGUCGCUUCCUGGAGGGCAGCCGCAUAUCCUACUACUGUAAGGAACUGCACUACCUCAGCGGAGAGGGAACUCUCACGUGCACCGCCAACGGCACCUGGAGCGCCCUGAAGCCUCGUUGCAUUCCUGUGGUCACCUGUGGAGAGCCGGAAGUUCCAAGUCACGGGACCAUCCGCGUGCUUCCCCCGAUACGUGGUGGGGAUCCCCGGCACGGACCAGUGCGCGGGCAUGCGCGGGCGUCCGUGCCGAUACGGCUGCAACGUCCGCUCAGCCUAAGCUCCACGGCGUACGAUGGGAACGACACGAUGGCUGCCAAUGAAGUGAACCUGGUGUUGCCCCCAGGACACCACCGUGUCGGCUCCCGUGCUGAGUACGCCUGCCUGCCACAGUACGAGAUGGCUGGCUCCACGGUGCGGCGGUGCCUGUCGUCAGGACAAUGGAGUGGUUUACCGGCCACCUGCAUUCCCGUGUGCGGCCGGUCCGACUCCCCACGCAGUCCGCUCAUCUACAACGGCAACGCAUCAGACGUGGGUCAGUGGCCGUGGCAGGCUGCGCUGAGCGUGCGCAACCCCACGUCCAACGGCACUGCCGUCGAAUGGGUGCUCAACUGCGGCGGCAGCCUGCUCUCGGAAACCUGGGUGGUGACCGCAGCUCACUGCGUCACGUAUGAGGCCUCGCGCGUCGUCAUACCGCGCGACAUCCUGCGCGUGGCGUUGGGCAAACACUUCCGCAGCGACAGCAAAGACGACGCCCACGUCCAAAUUCGCCAGGUUGCCGAGAUCCACGUGAACUUUGAUUACGAUCCAAACACGUACGACAAUGACAUCGCGCUGCUUCAACUGGACGAGGCCGUGGAGCUGACGCCUCGCGUGAGGCCCGUCUGCCUGCCCACGGACCGAUCGGCCAGAGUCCAUCUACAGGAAGGAAAACUGGGAGUGGCGACCGGCUGGGGCCUUACAGAGAACGGCGACUACGCAGACGUGCUGAGCGAGGCCGUGCUGCCCGUGGUGGCGAACGAAAAGUGCCAGGAAGCGUACGAGCGUGCGGGCGUGCCGCUCACAGUGUCCGAGGCCAUGUUCUGCGCGGGCCACGCCAACGCCACGUCGGACGCGUGUAGCGGUGACUCGGGCGGCCCCAUGGUGUUCGUCGACGAGUCAGUCACCACCGAGCGCCGCUGGAUCCUCGAGGGCGUCGUGAGCUGGGGCAGCCCAUCCGGGUGUGCGGUGGCAAACCAGUACGGCGGAUUUACCAGGGUCUUCGCCUUCCUCACCUGGAUCAAGCAGUUCGUCUGAACGGCACCCUCGUUUCUGUUGGCCCGAACGAAGAACGUGUCGGAGACGUUGCAUGGGCCGGCUUUGAGCGCGCACGGAAAAUUUGCUCGCUGUUUCCCAAUGGAUUACUGCCAGUGCACCCGGACUGACAAUAGACUGAUUCGCUUUUUACUCGUGAUGUCCGGAUGACAAAGGAACUCGCUUCUCUCUAUUUCUUUUUUUACUCUUUUCUUCUUUUUUUUAUCGGUACCCGCACGCAGAAGCAUCGGACCUCUAUUUCCCGAGUUGCAGUAAUGCGUUUGUCCCACAAUGAGUUGUUAUUCUUAUGGCAUCUGCCCUUGAGUUGCGCUCAAAACCGAGAUGUGAGAGCUGGAUAUCUUGCUCGAUGAAACAACCAGGAAAGAGUGGCGGAUUUUCUGACACCAAAAUGGAGCGGUGGCUUCAUAGACUUGCGGGCAGAAGAUACUUUGCUCAUGUUAGAAGAAGGUAGGCGUGCAGACACGGACAAGAGUACAAGGAAACGGACAACACAAACGCAGUUUCCCUCUACUUGUGGCGGUGUCUGCACGCCUACCUUUUUCGAACAUGAAGCCCUACGACUGUCAAUCUAAGCUUCAUUUGAUAGCUUUCACGUGACGUCACGCAUACACCUUAUCAACGUGUCGGGGCACCGACAUGGCCACUACGAGCACUUGAGUCCAAUCCAUCCUAUUGAAAGCUCUCACGGGAGGUUAUGGACCCAGCUUAUCAUCGUGUCGGUGCACCAACAUGGCGGCUACAAUGACGUCAGUGCAAGCCAUCUAUGCUUUGUUCAGAGAGCGGUGCAGCUUCUAUUAAUUUGAACCCCCCCACCAAAAAAAAAAAAAAAUUAGUUUUAAGGUGCCUAUUCGUGUUCUUGCCAAGAGACGGGUAAGUUUUCCGCCACUUCGUGCAUAAAUUUAUGAAAGCACUCGCACAAUGCACAAUGACUUGACAAGAGAUAAUCGCAACUGCACACGUUGAGUUGUAAAGGUCGCAGCAUUGUUGCACAAUGUUUGCAGAAAUUACCUUGUGCAUUCCUGUGAAUGUUCAAGGCCACUCCAGGCAUUUCUGUGCCUAGACGCUCUUGUUCUGCUUUUUACACUAAGUCACUAUUAUAACCUAAGUCAUUUAAAACCAAACAUGCUUUUUUCGAUGAAAUUUAAGGGAAAACAAAGUCACCUUGAUUCCAAAUGGACAUACGAGUGUGUGUAAUAUUUUCAUUCACACGUUGUAGAAUUUUUGCAUAUGCAAUGGGUGAUCUGACCCCAACUGUAUCUGGCGGUGUAAUGUAAUGCAUUUCGCUAGGCAUAAAGAUAGGUCCUUCACUCACAAGUGUCUUGCAUACGCCAAAUGCAAGAGACACAACUACGCGGAUGGUAAAUCGCCCUUAACGGAAAAUAGACGUCCUAAAAUGUCAGUUUUAUGAAAAAUUGUUCUUGAAAUAAACUGCAAUGUGAAGAGCUUCCAUAUGGCAUGAUUUCUUCUUUUCUUCUUUCUUUCCAUUUGACAAAACGCAAAAGACGUUAUGUUGUCAUGAAAUCAUGGUUGACUUGAGUGUCGAAAGACAAAGCAGUGGGAUAAUAUCGCGCACAAGAUGAGCAAUGCGUAUAAAGUCCCGAAAUGUUGAGGCGGACUCGAUUACUACCUAUGGCCAAGCCAAACCUUUUCAGUGAUGGCCCACUCUUAUUGGCUCACUCCCACGGUAUUAUAGUUGUUUUGGUGUCCGCCAAUGUGCGUCGCAAGAAUUCCAAAGUACUUUGCAAGAAAUUUAGAAAGAAAUAAAGAACGAAAUACCGUUUAAUCCGUAAUGUGCAGCAUUGAUGC